AUGUCCCCACGUGGCGUCGCCAACCUGCUGGCCAUGCCGCCAGCCCUACGGCCGAUACUGCUGCAGGCGGCCCUGACCCAACCCUCCUUGCUUCUUGCGCCGACGCUUUGCCUGUCGCAAACCAGAUCAUAUGCGAAGAGGACGGUGCCCUCAAAAAAGAAGAUCGCACCCAAAUCCACCUCCAGAUCAGCUAGUAAGGCUCCUUCGAGUUCAAAGAAGGCUGCCACUACCACACCACGCCCGAAGAAGAAACACCUCCCCUCGUCCCCUCCCCCCACCGAGGAAGUCGAUCCAGAGGAAGGCCCCCCACCCGCACUCUCCUAUCUUCCUACGCCCUCCCCCGUCUCGCCGCCCAGCGUGCUCCUCGCCGACGUACCUCCUCCAGCCGACAUAACCCGCUCGGCGGCCCUCUUCCGCAACCCCAAAUUCCUCUACUCCGCCCCGCGCUUCCUCCACCUUCCGAUCAACACGCGUAUACCAGAGGUCUGCAUUCUCGGGCGAUCUAACGUGGGAAAGUCUACCCUGAUCAAUGCGCUCUCUGGGUACGGCGGCAAAAAGGCCGGGGCGGCGCACGGAAACGCUGCCAACAGGAAGGGAUUAGCCAUCACCAGUGCCAAGGCAGGAUGCACCAAGACGAUGAACGCCUAUGGGUUUGGCCCGCCCGCGAGCGUCAAGCCGCUCACGAGGGAAGAGCAGGAGCAGAAAAAGGAAGGGGGUAGGGCGAGGGCGGAUCGGAGGAAAAAGGGCAGUGGGUCCAUCAAGCCCGAGGGUAUGCCUAAGCAUAGUCUUGUGCUCAUGGACAUGCCCGGGUACGGGAUGAACUCGAGAGCGGACUGGGGAGACGAGAUCCUGAAAUACCUUAACCGCAGGGAGAUCCUGUCCGGUGCUGUGCUGCUGAUCGAUGCGGUCGCCGGUGUGAAAGAGGGAGACAGGAUGGUGCUCGAGGUGUUGAGGGAUGCGGGGCUCAAGACGACUGUCGUGCUAACCAAGGCCGAUAAGCUGGUGACCGAGCCAGAUCCAGAGCUGUGGCGGGAGAGUAUGCAGCUGAGGCAGGCGUGUCUGCACAUCUAUGAAGAGAUGAGACAGGUGGAGAAGAAGGGCGAGAUGCACUGGUUUGAGAGUGAUGGCUGGACCCCUGAGAUCUUUGUCACCGGCGCUGGCGACCCAAAGAUGGGCGGCAUGGGCAUCGACGGUGCGAGAUUAGCGAUAUGUCGCCUUGCUGGGCUCGUUGCGGAGCCGGUGAGGAAGGUCGAGGUACAGCAGCCCGAGAUUGUGCCGUUUGACCAGCUUGUGUUUGCCGCCCCGUCUCUGACGCCCAAAAGGUACACGUCGGCAGGGGGAGGGUAA